AUGACUUUGAAAAAUGAUGCUAAAAGUAAAAACGCAAAAAAUAAUGUGAACAAUGCUGAGGUUCUGCAAAACAGUAGCAGUGGUGCUAACGAGAACGCAACUGUUGUUGAUAGUAAUUCAUCCGGAAACAGAAACAGAGCAGCACAAUCAAGAGUCAGCAGCAGAAACAGAAGAAGCAGAAACACACGGAAUAGCGCUAUCACCAGCAGUCACAUUGACAAUGUAGGGAAUACGGAAAAGGGUACAGAUAACGGAGGAGUGAUUGAUAACACUGUGCAGGCUAGUACUACUUCCCUGAGGGAAGACACUGUAAAGCGAAGCAAUGCAAAUGACAAAGCAUCGGAGCAAGUAUUUGCAAAACGAAACACCCAGGAUAAUUGUACCACCGUACAUGUUAACGACUUCGUUAAUGGUACACAGGUUGGGUAUGACAAUGCAGAUGUGGAGUCCAUCGCAGAAAUGAGCACAUGUCAAACAGGGAACGAAACGGGAGAACAACAUAGUAUUAUUCCUGCCCAGGGUGAACAUAGUAGCAUCUCCAAGGGAGAAAGUAUAAAUUCCGUGCAAAAUCAGAAUGGGCAAAAAGAACAGCACAAUGCAGUCGCACAGCCAGAAGUGGCAGCUGUUCCACUAAAGAGGUCGAAGAGGACCCCCAUAAGGAACAACAAGUACGAUAUAUUUUUUCAAGAAGAAAGUAUAAGAAGCUUGGAAAAAUAUAGCAACGCCGAGGGAUCUAACAGGAAAAAGAAAAAAGUGCAAGUACAAAAAAACCUAGUGGAUAAUACAGCCCAAACGAAUUGCAAAGUAAAGAAAAAUAGCAUUUUGUCUAAGGAGGGAGACAAUGUAGCAACUAGCGUAAAUGUGAGCAAUGCCAGCCAUGCAGACGCCUUGGGGGGAAAUACCAAUCAGCUUGUCAACGUAAAAUCUCUUUCUAGAUUUAAGGGAAAUGAAAACGUUCCUCAAAAACCGGAGCACUACUACUACAGCAACGUUUUAGGCCAUGAUGUUUUAGCUGAUGCUGCAGCAAAUGGUGCACACCAUUUGUUCAUUCCUCGCGUUAGCUAUUCCACCACGGAUGAUAAUGCCAACCGAUUCAGUGCUCCCACUUCUGCGAUAAAUAGUAUUGACCCUAGCAGUUACGAUUUAUCUUUGGUGAAUCAAAAUAUGUGGACUGAUCCAUAUGGGAACGGCAUUGUAAAAGCAAAUGGAGAACAAGGCGCAUUGGGCAUUGUUCAGACAGUUGGUGCAGUUGACCUACACAGCUCUGUACAUGGUCUUGAGAGGGGAAAAUUACAAAGAUCUAGGGCAAGAGGUAAAGCAGGGACGAAACGAGGCAGAGGUAGAGAUAAAUUGGCGAGCACGAGAAUGGACCAAAUUGAACAACAACCGUAUAGCAUUAACAGUAGCGACCUCAUGAUGAGUGAAGCGCAGGUCUUUCCUAACAUGACCGAUCAAGGUGGAAUGGCCGCCGUUGCCGUUACUGAAGAUUACCACCAGAGCGUUGUAGCCCCAUGGGUUGAUAGGAAAAAAAGAGGCAGAAAGAAGAAAGUACAAAUUAGUAAUGCUCAAGAGGGUUUACUCGAUGUAACCUGGAAUGAAAAUGCGAAGGAACAUAAAAGUUCAACGAGGAAUCGCAUUCGUAAUAGUACCACACGAAGGAGAAGUGACGUUUCGUUCGACAUGAGCAACGCCCCGGGUGAUGCAAAUACAAGCAAAUUGUAUAUUUCCCCAAGGGCAUCCUCCGUGUUGGAAGAGAAACAUCUACCCCAUUUGAUAAUCCCCAAAGUUGACAUAAACAGCAGCGGUGUUUAUAGAAAGAACACCUCUUCAAGGAGAAAAGUGAAGAAAGAGAAGAAUAAAGAAUUCUUGUACAGCGGAAAUAGUGCACUCGGUGUGGAUACCUUGGCUGGUACGAAUACUGGUAAUGUGGUCAGUGCUUCAAACGAUAUUCAUCACCAAGGCCAGGCUGGUCAAGUAGAUUAUGCAUCUGGACGAAAUGUAAGAAAAAGGAAAUGCACUGAAAGGUGGAAAAAUGGUAGAAGUAGGAAAAAAUCAAGAGGAACUAAAUGCAAGUCGUCAGUUAAAAUCUCCACCAACACAGGUCACCAGAAGAGUGGCACUGCUAAUGUGUUACUAGGAAGUCAAUGGACCAACACUAACUAUAACAAAAAUGGAAGCAAGCACUGCGAUAGCGACAAUAAGAGACUCUUCCCAAAUGAAACAUUUCAAAUUAAAGAAGAAUUUAUGAAUAACGUAAAUAGUCUCAACACAGUAUUCAAUUUCAAUGACGAGUUUUUAAAAUUUCUAAAAAAAAUUAGCCAAGUGGACGAUAUUGAUUAUGAUGUUAUGUUGCCUUUUCUGGGUGAAGUACAAGACAAGCUAGCCAAAGAUAUUAAGGAGGAAUUCCCACCCAAAUCUUUAAAUUCCCACAACGUAGAUCAAUCUGUAUAUGCCAUGGGAUACUUAGUAGACAUAUUAAAUAAUAAUAAUGAAAUUUUAAACAAACUGAAUCAGCUAGAGUAUAAAUUCUAUUAUGACUACCUGCGGAAGAAAUCCUGUAAGGAAGGAAAUAAACAAAAAAAUUCUGAUCACAAAAUAGACAAUGAAAGUGCCCUAAAUGUUGCAAGCAUUCCAAAAGAUAUUAACAAUGAUGGCUGUGAUAAAAUUCAGAGCAACCAUUUAGAUGAUGAUAGCGCGGUGAAAAACCAGUCUAGUAAAAACAUUAACGAAAUUGAUGAUGAGGAAGAAAGGAAAAUGAACGAGCUUAUGUACUCCGCGAACAAAGAAAUGGAUGAUGAUUCUUAUAAGAUUCCUACGUGUCCGGAUAUGCAUUCUGUGAAUUACAAGGAGGAUCAUGAUAUUCAUCACAUUAAUCAGCACAGCAUGAAUUUAAAAAAUGAAUAUGGUACUAGUACUCUGUCGAAUAAUAAUCUUGUUGGGGAGAAACUACAACAGGCUGCGCCAAAGUGUACGGAUAAGAAAGACCCUAAUGUAGAAAAGGAAAAAAUAAGCAAAAAAAUAGACGACAUGAAAAACAAAAAGAAUUUUAACAAAAACGACUUUCAGUUUAAGUCUGCCCAUAAGUUGAUAAAACGGAAUAACAUCGAUUUUGUGUGCGAUGAGCUGAAUAAACUUAUAAAGCAUACCCUAAAGAAUGAAGACUUGUUCUACUCCAAUUAUUCCCAGGGGAAAUAUAAAAAUGUAAAUGAAAAAAGUUUGUUUAAACAUUACAUAUCGACACAAUUGUAUAGGACCACCAACUUGGUUGACAAGUUUAAGGUGGAGCAGAAGGAAAGGAUCCUACCGAGCCAGAAGGCAUUCAGAUGCAAACAGUUGGGGGCUAAUGAAGGUGUGAGUAUAAAGGUCGAUGAGCGGGAACAAACGCUGAUGCAAAGUUAUGCUGAUUGUUUUAGACGAUUGAACGAUGUACCCAGCAGGAGGCGCAGUAUGCAAAGCGGAAGAAGUGGCCCUGCACAACUGGGUUAUUCCACUAAUGGCCUGGUACAAGCUCAAUCUGACUCCACUGCCGCAAUGUUAUCGCAUGCAGAUGAUAAUACCAAUUACUUGAGCACUAAUUUACAAGUCUUCACUAAAACGGAACCAAUGGACAGAUUAGAAAAGCAUGAGAGGAGGAAUGACGAUUCGAAAAAAAAACAACACAACAACGGUUUCAGUAGUGAGGAAAAGAUACAUAAUGGACCAAAGGGCACAGAUCCACAGAGUGCAAAUGUACAGAAAGAGGAAACACAAAAGAAGGAUGAAGAUGAAAAAAAAUCAUUCGGAAUUUCGAACAUUAUUUGGUUUUUUAAGAAAAACGUAAUGACGGAUGUACCGGUUGAUAAUAAUAAUCCCGACCGUGUUGACGGCGCUGUGAAGAAAGAAGCCGACGCGGAGUUAGAGACCCACCCCAGCGGUGGUGUUGGCGUCAACGAAAAAGGUCUAGGAGAUAGUAAAUCCAAAAUUGACGGAGAAAAUGCUAGCGCCUCUAUCAAAACCUACGAUGAGGAAACCAAAGUUUGUGCACCCUUCGAAGUCAACAGGAACUCUUUAGACAUUUCCAAAUGCAGCGAAAAAGACAAACCGAGAAAAAGCGCGACAGAUGUGUCUCUACGUGACUAUGGUAGCGGCAUUACAGAAUACAAGAACUUACCCAGAACGGGUGCCCACACUGUAAGGCAUAUGAACGAAACGCGCGAAAAGGACAUCGACACACUGCUGAAGGAGACAUUCCAUUUAAAGGAUAACGAACUUAUGAGCAUAAAGGACAAAACGCAGAAGGAAAUUUUAAACUGCUUGAGAAUGGUGUCCCAAAUUAAAAAAAUAUUUUUGGAUGAGUGCUCAAAAAUGAUUAAUGAGCAGAUUUAUGUCCUCGAGAGAAAUUUUAGGAUACCGGAUUGCUCCUUGUCGAUACUGAAAAAUUCGUUUGGCUAUAAUGAUGGGAAGUAA